AAGAUGGCCGUCUUCAGACUCUUUAACUGACUUGAAACUUUUUUCCCCCCUCGAGUGUCUUUUAAGAUUGGAAGAUUUCCCGAAGUCAUAUAAAAGCCACUGAGUGAUAUUCUACACCUGUUAGAUGAUAUUUUCUCUUGUUUAUUUAGAAAUGAAGCGUGUCUUGUUAUUUUGUUUACCAACAUGUUGCUAGCUUGUUAGCUGGUGUUUACACGCUAGCCUGGCUAAUCCAGCUGUGUGAAUCACACCGCUCUGAAGAACAUCUGCCGGCAUCCUUGGCUUGAUAAGGAUCAAGCUGUGUUUUUGUAUUUAUAGAAAUGCGAAUCUGAGGUGCUUGAGGUUUUUUUGGUGAAGCGGUGAUACCCGGCGUUACCAUACGAAGUACCUCUCUUCCUCGUCACCAAGUCUGGGAACAGUUUGGCCAUGAGUGCACCCUGAGUACAUUUCAGCUGCGACAAAAUGGCCGCCGACCUUUACGCUGCUAAGAAGUUGCCCUCGGUGACGGCUACGGCGGUGCAGCAGUACCAACAGCAGAACAUCAGCAACAACAACACCGUUCAGGGCUGCAACUGGCAAGGCCUCUAUCCCACCAUCAGAGAGAGAAACGCAGUCAUGUUUAACAACGAGCUGAUGGCAGACGUGCAUUUUGUAGUCGGCCCUCCCGGGGGCACGCAAAGAGUGCCGGGGCACAAGUACAUCCUGGCCGUCGGGAGCUCCGUGUUCUACGCCAUGUUCUACGGGGAGCUGGCGGAGGAUAAGGACGAGAUCCGCAUCCCAGACGUCGAGCCACAUUCCUUCCUGGCCAUGCUCAAAUACAUCUACUGUGAUGAGAUCGACCUGUGUGCGGACACCGUUCUGGCCACGCUGUACGCCGCCAAGAAGUACAUGGUUCCUCACCUGGCGCGUGCCUGCGUGGCGUUCCUGGAGACCAGCCUGAGCGCUCGUAACGCCUGCGUGCUGCUGUCGCAGAGCUGCCUGUUCGAGGAGCCGGAGCUGACGCGCCGCUGCUGGCAGGUGAUCGACGCGCAGGCCGAGCUCGCGCUGCGUUCUGACGCCUUCUGCGACAUCGACCUGCGCACUCUGGAGAGCAUCCUCCGGCGUGAGACCCUCAACGCCAGUGAGACGGUCGUUCUGGAGGCGGCGCUCAGCUGGGCCGAGGCCGAGUGCCAGCGCCGCGAACUCCAACCCACUGUCGAAAACAAGAGGCUGGUGCUGGGCGAGGCUCUGUACCUCAUCCGCGUCCCGGCGAUGUCGCUGGACGAGUUCGCCAACGGCGCGGCGCAGUGCGGCCUGCUCACGCUCGCCGAGACCAACGCCGUCUUCCUGUGGCACACGGCGGCGAACAAACCCGAGCUGCCCUUCGUCAGCCAGCCGAGGAAAGGCCUGACUCCCCAGCGCUGCCACCGCUUCCAGUCGUGUGCCUACCGUAGCAACCAGUGGCGUUACCGCGGACGCUGUGACAGCAUUCAGUUCGCCGUGGACAGGCGCGUGUUCAUCGCCGGCUUCGGCCUCUACGGCUCCAGCUGCGGCUCGACCGAGUACCAGGCCAAGAUCGAGCUCAAGCGGCAGGGCGCCACGCUGGGCCUCGCCGUCGUCAAGUACUUCUCGGACGGCUCCAGCGGCACGUUCCCGGUGUUCUUCGAACACCCGGUGCAGGUCGAGCCCGACACGUUCUACACGGCCAGCGUGGUGCUGGACGGCAACGAGCUCAGCUACUUCGGCCAAGAAGGGAUGACCGAGGUGCAGUGCGGGAAGGUCACCUUCCAGUUCCAGUGCUCCUCGGACAGUACCAACGGCACCGGAGUGCAGGGGGGACAGAUACCCGAGCUCAUAUUUUAUGCCUGAGAGACUUCUUACCGAGGUCAUGUGACAAUCCCCCAGAGGACCGUAUUCUACUCAAUUUAGACAUCAGAGUUUUGUCCCAAGUUGGCAGCUUUCAUGGGGGUGAGGGGUGUUCCUGACUGGCAGCUAGCAAACGUUAAGUUACAGACGAAUCACUAGCACGACAAUCACCGGUGCGCCCCCGUUACCACAACGCUACACGCUACAUUUUAAACAUAACACACGAUUGCCUUAUUGUCCUCUCGUUUCGCUCGCCCAUCGUAAGACGCCCCAGUACGUCCCGACGAACCGCGGUCCUCACUCGCUCUAGUUUUACUGACGCUAGACACGAACUAGGAGUGGAUUUCCUGCGACUCGACAACAUCCUGUUCGGUUCAGCGCUCUCUAAAGAUGCCUGCCAAGCAAAUUACAAACAAAAACACGGACAAACGUGAGAUCCGCUGAAAAGGUAACCUUUCCGAUCUCUCGGGUCGGUCGGUUUCGCAGGUCUAGAAGGACGGUUACGGAUGACGAAGAGCGGCGUUAACGCCGAUCGCUCUGGCUAGGAACCGACUCGGCUAGCUAGCUAACAAUUUCACACCGUUUUCGUCGACGAGUUCCCGUCCAUCGAGUCGAAGCUUACACUACAGUACUUUUAAGCGUUUGUCGUGGUUUUGUGGACUUGGCUUCAAUCGCACCAGCCGAGUCGCACAGCGCCGUCUGGAUCCAUCGUGCAGACGGGUUCCACGUGUCCCUGCGUCGCGCCUUGUGUUCCUGGUCUGCUUUAAAAAAAAAAAAAAAUAGCUGACUAGUUUCCGAAAACACUCGGCAGUAACAUUACCCCAAAAAGAAAACCGGUGAAGUCCAAGUUGUCGCUGCUCGGCCGUAGUCAGACCACGUAAUUAUUUCCCAUUAGUCACGUUUUUGUACACGUUUGCGUAUGUGUAAGAAAUAAAAAGUGCUUAUUUUGUGAAAGUGAUGCUUGAUUAUUUUUUUUUUAUAUAUACUUGACGUGCUCGACGUUGUCGUGUAUCAGACGUAUCGGAUGUACGUUUUGUGCUGCAGUCACUCGGUGUAAUCCCUGUCGGCCAUUUUGUUUUGUCAGGGUGUGAAAGGUCUUGCCCUUUAACACUUGGGAUUUAAAAACGCCAGCAUUGUUUCUCGAAGGGCUUGACGAUGUGUUGCGCUGCUCGUCACGUUGUGUUUCAUUUACUCCUGGUUAUAAAUGAGCUUUGAUUAUGUAUAUUUUUUUUUCUACUUGUAACUUUCCAUUGGUGAACUGACGCUCGUUAUUGUUUCAUCUGUUUUUCUU